AUGUCCGGUUUGAAACCUGUAUCCGCUAAUGGCGAGGCAACGACCUAUGCGGCUCUCAAUCGCGAAAAGUCUCCCCUCUUGCUCUUUGCCACCCAGAGGACGGAGAGCGCGUUCAACGAGAUACCAGUGAUCGAUCUACAAGGAGCCACAAGCACAAACUUGCAAACGAAACGCGCGCUUGCCGAUCUCAUCCGCGACGCAUGCGUGAACGUCGGUUUCUUCUACGUCACCAAUCAUGGUAUACCUGAUGAUCUUGCACCGGAAGCUAUCGAGUACGCAAAGAAGUUCUUCGCGCUCGAUCUGGACGAGAAAAAGAAGUUCGAUAUCCACAAAAGCUCAAACUUCAAAGGGUACACCGCUCUUUUGGGAGAGAACACUGACCCCGAGAACCGCGGCGACCUGCACGAGGGAUUUGACAUUGGCUGGGAAGAGCGAGAUGGCAGGAGCCUUCGCUCGGAGGAUGGCGCAAUGGAAGGCGGUAACGUCUGGCCCAACAUCGACGGCUUCCGUGAAGCUGCAUUGGCGUACUAUCAUGCUACCGUGCGCCUAGGGAAGUAUCUGUUCCCUUUGUUUGCUCUAGCGUUGGACCUGCCGGAGGACUUCUUCGAUGACAAGACGACAAACCCUGCUGCAAUCAUGAGACUUCUGUACUAUCCGCCGCAGACUGGGACGGUCGACGAUCGCGUGCUGGGAAUCGGAGCGCAUACAGACUACGAGUGCUUCACAAUCCUCUGGCAGCAGAAUGGCAUCCAAGCCCUCCAAGUACUGAACGCUGACGGCGUGUGGGUUGAUGCGGUGCCCAUCCCAGGGACAUUAGUCGUCAAUAUCGGCGACCAGCUGGCGAGAUGGACCAACGACGUCUUCAAGUCCACACGGCAUCGCGCCGUUAAUCGGUCUGGCGUGGAACGUCAUUCAAUCCCUCUCUUCUUCGGCACGGACUACAACGUUCUUCUCGAGGCUUUGCCAAGCUGCGUUUCGGAUGACAUGCCGAGCAAGUACGAGCCCGUAAUCGCCGGAGACUACGUUAAGCAGCGGUUGGAGGAGACGUAUGCGCACUCGAAGUAA